AUGUUUUUGGUUAAAAGCGUGAAGCACUGUUUGAAGAAAGUAGUCGGACGUGCAUUUUUGUCCAUUGGGGAAAUGCGAGCAUCAUUGAUCGUGAUUGAAGAAACUCUGAAUAACCGACCAUUGACGCACGUGUACGAUGUACGAGGGUAUUUCAUAUCCAUUGACGCCUUCUUCACUAAUUGCGGUCGUACAAUUGCCACAGCCGCAAGCGAUAAGCAGUAUGAGAUCAUCAGUGCGAAUCAAGCGCUCACUCGUAGAGAAAAGUAUCAUCGGACACUACUCAAACAGGUGGAACAACCUCGGGAGCUAAUGCAAACGUUGUCAAA